AUGGCUUCGAAAUGCGGGGAAGAGGUCAAACGCCUCUCCAGCAGCACCGGCUUAGUCGAUGUGAGUGUGCUUCCAGCUGAUGUUCCAUCGCGUGACGUCAAUCUUGGUUGUCAACAUGGGAGGGACUUCCAGGGUCCAGACAUUGGCAGUGCUCGAAGUGAGCGGAUGGGCCAGCCGACUCGACCGAAGGAUCCGCCGGUUGAUCUUCUGGAACGGGAACGGCAGGCAACAGCUAAGAGCAGUGAAGGGGAAGGCUCAAGCAUCAACGGCCCAUCUGACGAGCCCGAGCAUGCUCGGUCGCUGACUGUUUGGGUGGCAGGACAGGCACUUUUACAGACAACCUCACUCUUCGACUGGGUUCGGGAAGAUGGUGACGCAAAAGGUCGUCUGAGAAAGUAG